UGGCUCAGGGAGGGUGAUGUCUGUAGGUCUGAAUCAUUGCCGUUAUCUCCUGGAAAAACAGGCUUGCUGCACACGUGUCUCUUCCGUUUUUCUGGUUGGGGACAAGGAACCGUCUGUGAGGCACCUAAAGGUGCUUUUAGAGUUCGAUCUGAACCAUACUCGUGUCUGAUUCUUCUGGUUCCUGUCCAGGUAAUAAAGUCACUCAGAAGGGUUGAAAAGGGUUUUGUUUUGUCUCCGUCUCUGCGUCCCUGCAGUCGGAUUGAGUGGGUGUGGCUUCACUGGAGCGAGUAUCUGAAGGCCUAUGAGGAGUUCCAGCUGUGGCUGGAGAAGCAGCGCUGUGUUCUGCAUGUCGACCUGGAGCAUCAGCUGGACCUGAAGGAGAAGCUGUGGCAGGUGGACCAGCAGCAGGUGGUGCUGAGUGAUAUCCACAGCCAGGGGGCGCUGUUGGAGAGGCUGCUGGAUGAGGCAGCAGCUCUGCACAGCAGGAUCCAGGACCCUAGCGUGGACCUCCAGGCCCAGCAGAAACUGCAGGAGGACUACAGGGAUGUGCGGGACCGAGCCAAGGAUCGUCUGGCACUCCUGCAGAAGAUCAGUGAUGACCACAAGAUUUUUGACAGCAAUGUUAAGGAGUUCCAGUCAUGGCUGCUGUCCAAGACCAGAGAGCUAACGGAGCUAGCGGGCCAGAUUGGCACCAUCCAGAACCGACUACAGGCCCUAAAGAUUCUGGAUGACAGCGUGGCCUGUGAGGAGAAGACUCUCCUGCACAUCGAGGCCUUGGUGGACUGCGUCCAGGCCAACACGUCUCCUGCGGGGGCCGAAGCCGUUCAGGAGCAGGCUGAGGAGCUCAGGCUGGGCUGGCAGCGCCUCAGGCAGGCUCUCUGUGAGGCCCAGGAUGGCCUUCACUGCAGAUUGGACUCCCACAGUCAGUACCUGACCCGCUGCCAGAAGCUUGGAGAGGACAUUGGUGGCCUCAGGGAGCUGCUGCAGGGUCUGGACCAGGAGCUGGACGAGAACCAGGAACCAGAGACGUCGGAGGAGAAGAUGGUGGGACAGUGGAGGAAAUACUCGGAAGUGAGGAGGACUCUGGUAGGUGAGGACUCUCAGGUGGAUCUUCUGAAGUCUCAGCUGAAGGAACUCUUCAGGUUUUCUGAGGAUUCUCGUCACCUGUCUGAUGAUGUGCUGGCUGUCGUCAAAGAGCAUCAGAGGUGUGUGUGUGUGUGUGUGUGUGUGUGUGUUUCCUGAGAUAACGUGCUGCUCAGUGGCCGUUUGUGAAAAAGCGGGGGGGGGGGGGGUCGUCAUUUUUUUCACUUUUAUUAACCAAACCUUCAGCGUGCUUUUGUGUGCGGACCGCAGGUGUUCUGCACCGAACCCUUCUGACCGACAGGAGGGUUGUGCUGACAUGGGGGUGCAGCGCUGCGCGGGGUUAUUGAACCGUUUCGGGUUUUUUCCAUUAAAUAAUGAAUUUUUCACACAGUUGCGUGAUUUAAGUGCAGCGGAUAAAAGUUCCUCUGCGAGUCUCCGCACGGACGCAUGAUGGCUGCACGCGCCCGACCUCCGUUUAAAAAAUGUGAUGUGCAAAUUCUGAUCAACGUGUUUCAGGGCGGAUCGGACCGGCUGGAGUCUGAAGAGACUCUGAGCUUCGUGUCGCCUCUCCUUCCCUUCGCUCACACGGAGCAGGCACGCUGCAGCAAACAUGUAAACAAACAUGUCUGCUGAACUUUGCGCUGUGACUACUGAUGUCAAGUUUUCAUCCUACAACAAAACACGGCGCGGAGCGGAGGACGCUCGUUAUUUCAGACCAGUUCUACAGGAGAAA